AUGGUGGAACGUUUCCAUCGCCAGCUAAAGACCGCCCUGCGUGCCGUAGCAGACCCAGGAAACUGGUCGGACAACCUUCCUCUUGCACUCCUCGGCAUCCGCGCAGCUCUGAAGUCGGAUCUGGGCUGUAGCGCAGCCGAAUUGGUUUUCGGCACUACCCUCCGACUGCCAGGCGAGAUGAUCACCCCAACCUCUCGUGGAGCCGACGAGACUCCUGACAAUCUUAUGCACCGUUUGCGGCAAUUCAUGCGCUCGCUUUCCCCGGUUCCACCUCGAACUCCUAUGACUGAGUCUUAUGUCGAAAAAGACUUGGACAAAUGUACUCAUGUGUUCGUCCGGUGUGACCGUGUGCGCCAGCCGCUGGAAUCACCAUAUGAAGGACCGUUCCGCGUGCUCGCGCGCAACACCAAGACCUUCCGAAUUCUUCGCAAUGACAAGGAGGACGUGGUCAGUGUCGAUCGGGUCAAGGCUGCUGUUGCGGAGGAGCCGCCGGACCUGUCACAAGGACAAACAUGUGCUGACCCCCUAACCCCUGUUCCUCCAUCUUCCCUAUCCCCUACUCGUUCACCCUGCCCACUGCCUUGCCCUUCCCCUCCCUUGCCCUCUACCCCUCCGUCCCGCAUACUUCCUCUCCCUACAUGUCAACAGCAUCCAACUGCAACACCAUCGUCCACCACAGCACGCAGUCAACCCUCUUCGACUGUACCUCCUGCAUACAUAACUCGCAGUGGCCGUCACGUUCAUUUUCCUGAUCGUUUAGUUACCCAUUUUUUCUAG